AAUGACAUCUCAAUUAGUCAGCAAAUCCAACGGUUAUAACACCUUUCUUCAACCCCACCAACGUUUAAAAAAUACAGGCAAAAUUCUAACACACGAAAAAUAGGUAAAAAAAAAUGGCAGUGAUGAACGGUGGUUCAACGGAAAAACCCAACGGCGGCGUGUCUCCUCCGUCGGUUGUUGAGGAUGAAAAAAAAGAUAACUCUAAGGCUAGAUUGUUAUCAUUCGAAGGUGGGGUAGGCCUAGGAGAAGAGGUAACUCUUUCCGGCGUUGUUAAUCACCUCAUCGAAUCCAUUUCCGAUCCCAAUCCUGAUGAAAAUUCAACUGCUGCUCGUCCUCCCAUGGCUAAUCGGAUGAUCCGGAUCAAGAAAUCAUUGAUGGAGGCGGCUCCUAUGUUUCGCGAAGCUAUAAUGAACACGCGCCGCGAGGUUCUUCUAUGGACUCGUCGCGGUAGUCCUCUCCGCGCUCUCUUGGUUGUUUCUGUGGGGAUAGCGACUCUUCUAGGUUUGACAGGAAUGCUGGUGUUUACGCUUUUCUUUGUUGCAGCAACUGUGAAUGCAAUUGUAAUCUCCCUUCUCAUCUCCUUGGCAGCAGUUGGAGGCUUCUUAGCAAUUUUCUUUUCUUGCUUGACAGCAAUCUACAUUACCCUUUUGUGCAUUGCUGCUUUCGUUACAUUCACAGUAACAAUCUCAUCAAUUGUAGCUGCUUUAGUCGCUGCAGGUUGGAUUGGGUUGAUCUGGAUGGUGUGGUUGGCAGUGUCGAAAAGUGCAAGUCUUGCAAAGCGUUCCCUUGCAGCUCCUGAUGUUUCUAGUGAGCAAAAACACUCGCAACUUUAAACAGCACGAGACAUAUGAGGAAGGGAUCGGAGUUGAUGUAGUUACAGAAGUCAAUAAAUGAAGUCAGGUUGUUUGUCACGAUCUGUAGCUGUUUGUUUCUGUAAAUACUGUACGUAUCUAAUAUUACUUUCAUCGAGGCAUCCUUUCAACUCUAGCUUUUGGUUGAAAGUAAAACAUAUGUUAUCAAAUUGUAAUUAAUGUUCAUGCGGCAAAACAUCAUUCUUUACCUU